GCUUCGGCAAGGGGAGGCAUUUGCUAUUGGCUGGCUCUGGUCCUCAAGGAUAACAUUCCUGCCCUUUGAUUGGUCAGCCGACUGCUGCAAGAUUCUAAGCAUCUUCUUUUGAUGAUAAAUAUGAAGGCAUGCUAGGCUGUGCAGGAGUGUAGUGUUCAGGCUCCUCCAGUGCAGGACUCACAGGCUGUGUCUCCCAAGACAGGGGAAGAGGCAGAAAGUUGUGAUGCUUUUCUUCACUCAGUGCUUUGGGGCUGUGUUAGAUCUCAUCCACCUAAGGUUUCAGCAUUACCAAGCCAAGCGGGUCUUCUCCUCUGCUGGACAAUUGGUGUGUGUGGUGAACCCAACACAAAACUCAAAGAAUGCUCCUAACAGAUGUGCAGUCCCUGAAGAUUCCUCUCUACAAACCACACAUCAUCAGUGCCAUGAAACCAUCCGCGACUCACAGCUGACUUCUUGCAAUUGUCCUUUGUACGCCUGCAAAUGGGAAGGUCAUUUGGAGGUUGUUAUUGCUCAUUUGACACACGCACAUACAAUUAAUAUACUGCAUGGAACAGAAAUUGUCUUUCUGGCUACUGACAUGCACCUCCCAGCACCGGUAGACUGGAUCAUUGCACAUUCAUGUUUGGGCCACCACUUUUUACUUGUGCUCAGAAAGCAAGAAAAAUACCAAGGACACCCACAGUUCUUUGCUACAAUGAUGUUGAUUGGUACACCAGCACAGGCUGAGAAUUUCAACUAUAAACUGGAGCUGAACAGGAACCGUAGGAGAUUGACAUGGGAAUCCAGCCCUCGGUCAGUUUUAGACUGUGCUGACUCUGUAAUCACCAAUGGGGAUUGCCUUGUGCUCAAUGCCUCAAUGGCUCAGCUCUUUGCUGAUAAUGGAAGCCUGGCUAUUGGAAUAGCAAUAUCUGCAAGUAAACUUUGUGCUGCUCAACCUGAAAUGUAAUAUUUAGGACACAGAUCUAUAGAUCAUUCAUACUUUUGGGCUUUUUAUCCUCCCUGGGCUUUCUAGAGCUUGUACAUAUGAGAAAACACAUUCAGGCAGAAAUGUACAAUUGACAAUUAUUUUAAAUGUGUUUAGGUCUAGUUUCUGUGACAACUUUUGACUUGACUCAUAAAGAACUAAUGGCAUAAAUAAAAUGUCAGUAGGAUAAAAUGUGCAGAGAUAUGUAUGUUUACAUGUAUAGUCAUAUGUUCAUAUAUAUGUUUAUCUUUAUCUAUUUCUACUAAUAGGUAGUGUUUACCAUUACUCUUGCCAGGUUACACAGAUCCUAAAAAUUCUAAAAUAUCUCGAUCCUGAAAGAGCUUAAAAAAAAUAUCUAGAUAUAAAAUAUACUUAAAAAUGCUGGGGUCAUUUAGAAAAUCUCAAAAGAGAGCUGUUGCAGAUAGCAUGAUUAAAUAUCUACUGUAUUUUUACUAACUGUAGAAAAUGUAUAGAAAAAAAUUAUGAUUGCUAUGCACAACAGUACUACAGAAUGAAGUGAAAGGAUGAUUUCACUAUAUAUGUAAAGCCAAACUUUUCCUUUUGUUUUUUUUUUGGAUAGACUGGAGAAUUGUUAACACACAUUUUUUCUGUAUCUUUCCGGUCAGGCAGGGAGAUUUCCCUUCACUUCCUGUCCCAGAGACAAAACAGGAAGUAAGAGAAGAUCUAUCCAAAGCAGAUUUUUUCUUCACCUCCUCUUCCUGGAUCAACGCAACAUUUUUGCAUUUUCGUCACUUUCUGUACAGGACGUAAUACUCAGCAGGACCAAUAAUGAAAGUGACUCUCCCCAGUGAGACCAGACUGCAAUAAAAACAGACAUAGGUUUUAACUCUCCCAUAUUCUACCCAAAUUUAAGAAGAACUUUUGGCUUUGCAUAUACUUUAAUGGUGUGCAAGUAUGUACAAAGCCUUAGUGCUUUGCUACAUGGCGGUGUCUUGAUCAUGGUGCUGCAAAACUGUUGCUAUGUUGAGGCAUUGUACAUGAAGAGAGCUUGAGUUACAACAUACAUUGGAGAGACUGAUCACAAUUGACACAGAUCCUCAGUCCCAUUUACCUUUAUUUGUUAUUACACAUGGAACUCAUUAAUUGAUUCGGGCAUAAA